AGUAUGUCCAAGUAAUCGAAUUAGCAGAGAGAGAUAAAAAUAAGAGUGGAUAGUCUACCCUCAAUAGAAGCGGUCUCGAGUACAAAGUCUAAGAACCAAUUAAAAAGAAUCUUUAAGCACUCAGAACUUCCAAUAGCUCCUUUUCAAUCGCCUUCGGACUCGACGAGAUAGCAUAGGAAAUUAAAAAUAGAUAGUUCAGAUUAAGCCAUUGAAUCCAAGCUAAUAGUUUCGACAGCUAGGAAAUCUCCUUAAUUAUCUAAAUAUUAAUCUCCAUAGUUUUUUUCAAGAAAAAUGCAAUUUAGAAACAAUUCUUUAAUAAAUUUAAACUUGGAAGUAGUCAAUCAAAUAAAGGAAACCCCUUUCAAAGAUACUAAUUUAUUUUAAAUAAUUACAAAAAUAACUUAGACGAUGAUUUAACUACAUGAGUACAAGAGUGAAAAAGCAAUUCUUUCGGCGGCAGAUAAGUUAAUUAAAUCUCAUAUUCGAUUUUAAGAGAUAGAAUGGAUUUUCAAGAAUUUUAAACUCAGAGAUUGGCAAUCAGUGGAUACCAUAUUUUUGAGGAUACUUCAGAAUUUUACUAUCAAUAAUGAAAAUAAAUUAAUUUAAAAAAAAAAUAAACCAGAUCAAUUCUUUUUGCAAGUUCUUUAUGAUUUUUAGGAUAAAUUAGAAGAUCUUUUUAAAAAAUUAUGCGAUGAUUCUUAUCGUUAGUUAGAAUAAACUAUAUUAAAUUAAAAAUAAAAAUUACUAAGUAUUAUUGAUUAUCAUUAUUAAGAUAAAGAAGUUGAAGUAAUGCAAUAGUUUUCGAAACUCGGUAAAAAAGAGAGUUAUAACUAAUUUAAAUUAAUAUUGAAUGACUCAUACAAGAUGAACACUCGAGUGAUGGAGAGCUCAAUAAUGAAACAAUUGACAGAAUUUGAAGAUCGAUUUGGAAUGUUCAAAUAAAUAGAAAAUAGCAAUCGAUUCAUUUCGAACAGAAUAAACGAUUUAGUUUAUGACAUUAAAACUGUAAAUAUAUUUUGA